AUGGAUUUCUACUCUAAUAUACUCUCUAGAACAUAUACCUUUUUUCUAAUCUUCUUUUAUUUUAUCCUAACUCUCUUAUUAGUAAUUGCUUACGUAAGUCUAAUAUUAAGCCUUCUAAGCUUAUUAGCUUUAAUAUUAGUUACUCUAAGUAAGAGUAGUAGUUACUUACUCUACUUAAUUCUUCUUAUUCUUAUAAUAAGUAGUCUCUAUUAUUACUACUAUAAGUGUCUUAGCUUAUUAGCUACAAGUAGUAUUCUACUAAGGCUACUAAAGUUAAGACACGCGUAUAAAAAGGCUAAAAUAAUUAAGAGCUAG